CUUAUGCCAAGGCCAACGCGUGACUGCCAUGCUGUGCUGUGCUAUGCUGUGCUGAGACGAGACCUGGAGACCAGACCUGGAGACGAGACCCUUCCCUGAGGCCUGCGGUGGGCGUCUAUCUGCACCGUCUAUUUCCAUCCUCUCUGAGAAAUGGGAACCACCCCCCCCGGCCCUUGGCCCUUUUUGCCCACCUCAUCGUCGGUGGCCUCUUUUUGACUUUCUUGCUUCUUACAUAGACCUGCCCUGACCCCGUCGUCGUCCCAACUACAUCUCUCCAGCAUCCAUCGUCGCCGAGUAUCGUAGCUCCAUCGCCGCAAUCGCUUACACACGUACAUACAUAGUACAUACACGACUACACCAGCUCUUACACACACGUCCUCCCUCGAAAAUCAGCCAUCAUGCCUGGAGUUCCCAUCGACGCCCUGGACAACCUCAAGUCCAAGUUCAAGGCCAUCUUCAAGAAGAAGGACGAGAAGAAGGCCGAGGCAAAGCCCGCCGAGGCCAAGCCUGCCGCGACCACCACCACGCCCGCUGCCACCGAGCCCACCAAGACUGAAGCUGCUCCCGCUGCUGCCCCGGCCACUGAGCCCGCUGCUGCUCCUGCUCCUGCUCCUGCUGCCGCUGCUGAGCCGGCCAAGGCCCCCGAGCCUGAGGCUAAGAAGGAGGAUGCUGCUCCUGCUACUACCGAGCCCGCCAAGGCUCCCGAGGCUGCUCCCGCUGCGCCUGCAGCCCCUGCCGUAGCCGCCGAGGCCCCCAAGGCCCCUGAGCCCGCCACCGCGCCCGCUCCCGCUGCUGCCCCUGCUGCCCCGGCCGCCACCGAGCCCGCGAAGACGGAGGAGACUCCCGCACCCACCGCCCCGGCCGCCGCGCCCGCUGCCGCCCCUGCUCCGGCCGCCGCUGCCCCCACCGAGGCUGCCAAGCCCGAGGAGAAGAAGGAGGCCGCUGCCACCGCCUAGAUUGCGCCGUUGGAUUUCGGCCCCAAUGACUGGAUUCGGAUUUACAAUGUCAUCUGGUUGAAGAAGGACUAGACUCGACCAGAGGUCAAGGAAUUUGGGUUGGCAGAGCAGUGAGAGAGCGAUCGAUGCAAGCGAUUCAACCCCGUAGCGUCAUCUCUCGAACCGCUAUCCUUCACGAUGACGACGAAACCACUCCAGUCACAGGAGGAGAUAAGCGGCACAUACAUGCAAUUGGGGGUUGAGAUGGUUUUCUUGCUUUCAGACCAUUGGUCUGCUCAUGUUCAUUUGCUUAAUUGUCGGAUACCCAUUAGUCGAGAAGUUGAAUCGAGCGU